AUGACACAGCCUCAGAGAUGUGCCGCGGUGGUGGUGGGAGCUGGUCCUGCUGGUUUGGCAGUCGUCGGAAGUCUACUAGAAAAGCGGCUUGGUGGGAAAAUCGCAUGGGUUGAUCCAUACUUUCAAGGAGGUCGAGUCAAUCGGAAAUAUCGCGAAGUUCCCAGCAUCAGCAACACCAAGGUGUCGUUUUUCCAAGCUUAUGCUACCGCUGUUCAACCCUUCAGAUCCGUGAUUGCCGAUACCCGCAUGCCUAAUCCUUUUACGACAAUGGCCAAGCUUGACCAGGAUAAGACUUGUCAUCUGCAUCAUGCUGCGGAUGUGGUUUGUGCGCUCACUGACGGACUCACGAAGAUGGACAAUGUUCUGCCAUGCCAGGGUACAGUCACAGCUGCCAAUCUUUCCGAGCAAACAUCUGAUUGGACAAUUCGAAUUAAAUUUCAAAACUCCCAAGAUGAGAUUGAUGUGAUGACACCCCGACUCGUUCUCUGCACGGGUUCAUCCCCCACGGAAGUCUCAAUCCCCAUUUCCGGGCACCACAUCGAACGGCUGGACCUAGAUCUAGUGCUGAAGCCUAGUGAACUCAUCACACAUCUUCCCCACAACAAGCCUUCGGAGAUUGCGGUGGUAGGAGCCUCCCACAGUGCAAUUCUAGCCCUACUCAAUUUGGUGGACUUGGCACGCAGCUCCCAUCCUGAACUCCGCAUCAAAUGGUUCACGCGACAUCCACUGCGUUACGCGGAGUUUAUGGAUGGCUGGAUCCUCCGAGAUAAUACUGGGCUCAAGGGUCUUGCCGCUGAUUUCGCUCGCCAGCAAUUGGAGGAUGACAAACUACCCCAGUCCGAGGCCGGCCGCUUCAUCACGAAGGUAGACUGCGGGGGCGGCCAGGAAUCAGCCCAAUACCAGCGGGUCCUGCCAUCCUGCACCCAUAUAGUUCAAGCUGUGGGCUUUACUCGAGACCCACUACCAGAAUUAUCGGUCAAUGGCCGUCCAUUGGAGCCUGACUUUGACUCGGUCUCCGGUGGCUUUUAUGAUCCCGAUGGGCGCAUUGUCCGAGGCCUUUAUGGGGCUGGUAUCGCGUUCCCGGAGCGGGUGGUUGAUCCAUAUGGCAAUGUUGAACAUGCCGUUGGGUUCUUCAAGUUUAUGAAAUACGUCAAACGGGUGACUCCGCUGUGGGCAGCUUCGUAGAUGGAUGACCCAUAAUGUUUUCAAUCCGCUAGCGUGUUUGUCCACCCCCGAUGCCCGGUUCGAUGGCUGUCGCCUCUGGUAGGUUCGCAGCUUGGCAUUGGUGGUCUUAUCUAGGAUCAUAAUGAAUAAUGUGAUGAUAUUUGCUGCGCUAAAUCUUUUCUCGAAAUCCACUGACUACUGUCCGCGGGUUAGUCGCUCGCCUCAUCUCUGGGGUAUGUAUAACGCUUGCCCUGUAGACAGUAUUCAUAAGGUUUGUUCCACACUCUGGAGCAGCUGGCCCUUACGUUGGCAUUUCAUGCUCGCAGAGAAAAUGUAACAUCUUUCUAUCUCAAGCAUGGAUUACAAUCUCUUUCCAUAAUUCAAUGUUUAUCAUAUGUUGGUCCUCUUCAUUGAAUGUCUGAUCAGCCUAUUGAACCCUAAAGCGGCAGUCUCAGUGACCAUGUAUGCCAGGGAGUCGGACCA